CUCACUUCACAAAAAUACUAGGGUAGGAGCAGUUAUCCAAGCACAAGAGGUCCAGUGCUUGAAUUGCCUUUCUCACAGAAGGUCCGGCGUCCGAAUCCCCUCUCCUCUAAUAUUGCUUGUAAUCUAUCUACAUUGAAAUAGCAGUGCAUGAUUGUCAUGGAUAUCGCCACAGUAGAAUACAUGUUGCAUGCAAUUUCUUCUCCUCUUCGCCAGUGGAGUCCUUUCUCCAUCCUGCUUGUUUUUCAAUCUGACUGCUCUGCCUCAAUAAAGGAUCGAACGGAUCAGAAACAAGAGGAAUGUUUGGAAUUGGAGAUGCAAAGAAUGCCAAGAAACCUAGCCCUGCUUUGGAGUUGAUGUGGCUUUUCCCCUUCCUGAAGGCUUCUCCUCUCCUGCAGACAGUUACAUAAGGGUGGGCAAUGUGUGCAUAGCUUGAGCAAAUCGUCUUCAACGCUGCCCGAAGCGACUAUGUUUGGAGCUGGGGGAUGGAUUGGAGGUGAAGGUACCAAAAGAGUUGAAACUUGAGUUGUUUGGCUUUCAUCCCCAUAAAACCUGAAACUUCAUGAAAAGUCAAGCUAGUUCACAUUGUGCUGAUAACAGUUAAUCACAUUUUUUACCAUUUCCAAUUACAACUGACUGAGCAAAAACUAGAAGUCAUAUUACCUUUCUGAUAAGGUAUUCGUAGGAUUUCUCCCCUCCCCCAGUGCAGAAGCCCCCAAAUCCUAAAAGCCUUUCUCGUUGGUAGAGUGGGGGCCCAGUUGGCUUGGGUUCGAGCUUUGAUAUGGUCUUCCUCUCAGCUUUUCAUACUGUAUUGUGAAAUGAAGGUUCUGGUAUGAACCUAUUUGCGAAGGAAAACAACUAAUACAUAUUAAAUGUUGCAUUGAGCUUAUUAAUUAGUUUUGUCAAAUUGUCACUGAAGCAGGUCAUAUGAUUCGUGACCAAGUCUCCUGCUUUUGAGAAGGACAGUUUGGUUGACAUUUUGGGUCAAGAGAGGAAAUGAUGUAAGUACGAAGAAACUCUGCCAUUGACUCACUGAAGUCACCAUCGUUCUCCUUUUACUUCUAUGAUUACUAUAAUAAUCCAGUUUGCUACUCUUCAGAAAAAUAAUUCAGUAAGGCACAUUUCCAAUCUAAAAUACCGGUUUCUUUUCUUAUAUUCAAAGAACCAUGAAAACUUGUUCUCUUAGGAACGGGGGAGGAAAUCACUCUUUCCUAUUCCCUCAUCAGCAAUCAGCAGUUUGAGAAAGUUAUUUCCUCUUUCCUCCCAUUUACCAUGGGGAACCAAACCAAGUAUUUUGCCAUUCGAAAUCCUGCUACCAUUCACCAUUUAUAAACAAGUUUCUUCUUCCUCAUGCCUUGAGUUGCAAACCUUUCAAGAUAUUCAAACAUGACCAAGUGUCCUCCUAACCCUGUUUUUCUUCUCUUCCUAUUCUUUAGGAUUUUCUUGGUCAUGGCACUAAACACAACCAUCCCAAUCAAUGUGGGUGUGGUUCUUGACUUAGAUACCCGAUUUGGGAUAAUACGGUUGAGCUGCAUCAACAUGGCCCUCUCUGACUUCUAUGCCUCUCAUUCUAACUACAAUACUAGACUGGUCCUGCACACAAGGGACUCAGCGAGAGAUGUUGUUGUGGCAGCUGAUGCAGCUCUGGACUUAAUAAAGAAUGUUGAAGUGCAAGCCAUCAUAGGGCUAGAAUCAUCAAUGCAAGCCAACUUUGUAAUUGAUCUUGGUGAUCAAGCUCAGGUGCCUAUAAUCUCAUUUUCAGCAACAAGCCCUUCUCUCCGGGGUUCAUAUUUUUUCCGAAUUGCACAGAAUGACUCAUCUCAAGUUAGAGCCAUUGGUGCCCUCAUCCAAGCGUUUGGUUGGAGAGAAGCAGUGCCCGUCAGCAUCGACAAUGAGUUCGGGGAGGGACUAACACCUUACCUGACUACUGCUUUGCAAGAAGUUGGUGCUGGUAUCCCUUAUUGGAGUCUCAUUCCUUCAAUGGCCACUGAUGACCAAAUUAUUGAAGAGCUUCACAGGUUGAUGUCAAUGCAAACCAGGGUCUUCAUAGUGCACAUGUCGCCUUCACUUGGCUCUCGGUUUUUUGCCAAGGCAAGAGACAUUGGCAUGAUGGAGGAGGGUAAUGUUUGGAUAACAACGAAUGGGAUGACUAACUCUUUUAGUUCCUCCAGUUCUUCUGUCGACAUAGAUAACAUGCAAGGGGUGUUAGGUAUAAAGACUAAUGUUCCAAACACAAAAGAACUUGAAAAUUUUAGAGCUAGAUGGCAAACAAAAUUCCAACAAGACAAUCCAACUAUCCUUAACGUUAAAUUGGAUGUUUUUGGACUAUGGGCUUAUGAUGCUGCUUGGGCAUUAGCCCUGGCGGUUGAGAAGGUCGGGGGUACAAACUUCAGCUUCCAAAAGAUGAACAGUUCUCAUAAUUCCACUGAUUUGGGAAGCUUAGAGGUCUCUCAAGGCGGUCCUGAACUUGUCCGAGAGCUAUCAGGUACAAGAUUCAAAGGCCUUUCAGGAGAUUUCAGUCUUAUUAAUGGGCAACUACAAUCAUCAACUUUUCAGGUAGUUAAUGUGAACGAUAAUGGGGAAAGAGGAAUUGGAUAUUGGACACCCCAAAAUGGACUUGUGAGAAACAUAAAUUCGAACAGAAACACAAACAGAUACUCUACUUCUAAUGCCAGUCUUGGACCUGUUAUAUGGCCUGGAGACACCAUCUUGGCACCAAGGGGCUGGCAGAUUCGCACGAACGGGACCUUAAAAGUCCUCGUCCCGUUGAAGCAAGGGUUUGAAGAAUUAGUAAGUGUGGUAUAUGAUCCUAGCACUAACACAGCCAAGGUCAAUGGUGGAUACUGCAUAGAAGUCUUUGACGCUGUAAUAAAAGCAUUACCAUAUCCUGUUCCUUACGAGUUUUAUCCCUUUGCAAAUCCUAAUGGGCGGAGCGCUGGCAGUUACAAUGAUUUGAUCAAUCAAGUGUUUCUUGGGAACUACGAUGCUGCAGUUGGAGACAUAACUAUUAGAGCAAACAGAUCCUUGUACGUUGACUUUACAUUGCCAUUCACAGAAUCUGGGAUAUCAAUGGUCGUCCCCCUCAAAGGCAAUGAUGGUGGUAAAAACACAUGGGUGUUCUUGAAGCCUUUGACGUGGGAUCUCUGGGUUACAAUUGGCUGUUUUUUCAUAUUCAUUGGUUUUGUGGUCUGGUUUCUUGAACACCGGAUAAACGAGGACUUUCGUGGGCCUCCACAUCACCAAAUUGGCACAAGCUUUUGGUUCGCCUUCUCAACCAUGGUUUUUGCACACCGGGAACAAGUAGUGAGCAACUUGGGUAGGUUUGUAGUGAUCAUAUGGUGCUUUGUUGUCCUGGUACUGACUCAAAGCUACACUGCCAGUUUAUCAUCAAUCUUAACAAUUCAACAGCUCCAACCAAUAGUUACUGAUGUGAACCUUCUCUUGAAGAAUGGGGACAACGUUGGUUACCAAGAAGGCUAUUUUAUUUAUGGGAUUUUGAGUAAGCUAGGGUUUAAGGACGAUAAACUUAGGACCUAUAAUUCCGCAGAAGAAUUAGAUAAACUUCUUCAAAACGGGAAUGAAAAUGGAGGUAUUUCUGCUGCUUUUGAUGAAACACCCUACAUGAAACUUUUUCUUGCAACCAAUUGCUUGAAAUAUACCCUGGUCGAGCCAACAUUUAAAGCCGAUGGUUUUGCCCUUGUCUUCCAAAAAGGUUCACUUCUCACGCGUGAUGUUUCAACAGCAAUCACUCAAGUGCAAGAGGGAGAUAAAAUGAAGGCCAUCGAGGACAAGUGGUUCAAGAAAACAGAAAGUUGUUCAAACCCCAACACUGCGAGCUCUUACGACACUCUUAGCCUUGAAAGCUUUUGGGGCCUCUUCAUUGUUGCUGGUGUUGCUUCAUCGUUAGCUCUCCUCAUCUUUGCAGCCAUGUUCCUCUAUGAGCAUAGCCACAUCUUGACAUGCGUUGAUUCAAAAGCCUCAUUUUGGACAAGAAUUCGUCAAGUACUAAGAGCGUAUGAUCAACAAGACAAGACUUGGCAUGCUUACAAGAAAAGCAGAAAAGAAGAUGGUGUUCAUGGAAUAGCUGCGGUUCAAUCUUCACCAAACACUAACUGUCUCUGCCUCAGAAGGCCAUCAAGAUCAAGCAAACCAAAUCAAAUUGAACCAGAAAUUGUUCUUGAAGAGCAGGAGGGAACAACUUCUACUCAGCAUAGUGAUUUAAAUCCGAAUGCUACAGAGUUAACGUCUAUCACAUAAACCAUUAAAUUUUGCUAUGGUUUGUUUGGCCAGAUUCUCUUAAAGGUUUUUGUGAAGCUGAAUUUGUAUUACAAAUCUCCAUUGUGGUGGAGUGUACAAAUUGUAUGAGUUUCUAUUGGUGGAUAAUGUUGUGGACAAAAAUUGCAUCGUAGAGCCUCUGAAAGCUUCAAAGAAUGAUCUCCUUGUGGUUUUUUUUUUGGUCACUUCAGUUUGUGUAUCUGGUUACUUGUUUGCCGUAUGUAUGCUUAUCAGUAGUUUAGCACUGAGAUUACUUAUUAUAUCAUGAUA